AUGGAAUCCUCAGGUCCGCAAGAGAGCACUAGCAGGAUUGCAGACCCUCAAAGGACUGAUAGCCCAAGGUCUAACGAUGAUUGGAAUGUCAAGGAUACAUUCAUUAUUGAAGAGCAAAUCGAAGUUUCAGAGGGAAGUCACAAAGAUGUCAGUAUAAUGGAAACUCUCAAGAAAAGUUUCUUCAAAUAUUUGAAGUUUGUUGGCCCUGGUCUAAUGGUGAGUGUUGCAUAUAUUGACCCUGGUAAUUAUUCCACGUCGGUAAGUGCGGGUGCUUCAAACCAAUUCUCAUUACUUUGCAUAAUUCUAAUGUCAAAUUUCAUUGCUAUUUUUCUGCAAUGCUUAUGUAUUAAACUUGGCUCAGUUACUGGAUUGGAUUUAUCGCGUGCAUGUCGAGCAUAUUUGCCCAGAUGGAUGAACUUGACUCUGUAUUUCUUUGCCGAAUGCGCCAUUAUAGCUACUGAUAUUGCUGAAGUCAUUGGUACUGCAAUCGCUCUAAAUAUUCUGAUAAAAGUUCCAUUGCCAGCUGGUGUGGUCAUAACAGUUAUAGAUGUUUUCGCGAUUAUGUUCGUUUACAAGCCUGGUACCUCUUCGAUCCGAUUUAUCAAAAUGUUUGAAUAUGGUGUUGCUCUACUUGUUCUAGGAGUGUGCAUAUGUUUUGCGGUUGAGCUCGCAUAUAUUCCAAAGACCACUUCAGUAAGACGUAUAUUUAGGGGCUUCGUGCCUUCUUCUCAAAUGUUUGAGCAUGAUGGAUUGUAUACUGCUAUUGGUAUCCUCGGUGCUACUGUUAUGCCACAUUCUCUGUUUUUGGGUUCAGGGUUGGUUCAGCCAAGGUUAUUGGAAUAUGACGUUAGUCAUGGUAACUAUUCGAUUUCUGAUUCCGAUCUUGCUGACAAGAAAUCGAAAGAAGAAGUAUUGGAGACCAAGUAUUUCUCUUACAAGCCAUCUCUAGCAGCGAUAAGAUAUUGUAUGAAAUACUCUUUCGUUGAACUUGCAUUGACCUUAUUCACAUUAGCUCUAUUCAUCAAUUGCUCGAUUUUAAUCGUAUCCGGAGCUACCUUGUAUGGAACAGAAGGCGCUGCUGAUGCUGAUUUGUACACCAUUCAUGAUUUACUUUCCAAAACUUUAGCACCUGCCGCAGGUACCGUUUUUAUGGUGGCAUUGUUAUUGAGUGGACAAUCUGCUGGUGUUGUUUGUACCAUUGCAGGACAGAUUGUAUGUGAAGGACACAUCAAUUGGAAAUUGGUCCCUUGGAAGAGACGGCUUGUAACAAGAGCUAUAUCUAUGAUACCAUGUCUUGUUGUCUCUAUAUGCAUCGGUAGACCUGCAUUAUCCAAAGCUCUGAAUGCUUCACAAGUUGUAUUGUCUAUUUUAUUACCAUUCUUGGUAGCACCAUUAAUUUAUUUCACUUGCAAGAAAUCUAUAAUGAACGCUGAAGUUAAAGAUGAAGAUGGUUCUGUGACCAGAAAAGUUAACAUGGCAAACAAUUGGUUUACGACAAUUGCUGCAGUUUUGAUUUGGAUUUUUUUAUCAUUCUUAAACGUCUAUGCUAUUGUGCAGCUAGGCAUAUCUCAUGGAGACAUCAAUUGA